AUGGCAAUUACCACCAGGAGUGGUAAGACACUACCAGGUCCUUCUGUGAGCAAAAAUGUUGUUAAUGAAGUAGCCGAUAAAGGUAGCAAAAAUAAAGAAAGUUUUCCAGCAGAACCUGAAAAGCUGGAAGAUAAUGAAACUCCCCCUAACAGUCAACCGAUUGAUGAGUUAGAGGAAGGAAAGCAGAAGGAAAAGGAAGUAGUUCUUACUCCUAUUCCUAGAGCACCACCUCUUUUUCCCUAUAGGUUGAAGAAGAAGGCCGAUGACAUAAAGUUUGGUAAAUUCAUGGCAAUGCUUAAACAGUUGACAAUAAAUUUUCCAUUGGUUGAAGCAUUGGAGCAGAUGCUCGGGUACGCUAAAUUUAUGAAAGACCUAGUCACUAAAAAGCGAGCAGUCAUCCAUGAGUUAAAAGAUAAUCUCCAUCACUGUGGAGCUAUUUCCACAAGGUCUUUGGUACAAAAGAAAGCAGACCCCAAAGCAUUCACUAUUCCAUGCACAAUCGGGUCCUUUGAGUUUGCUAAGGCGUUAUGUGAUCCGGGAGAAAACAUCAAUUUGAUGCCACUAGUAAUCUAUAAGAAGCUGGGUUUGGGCAAUCCUACGCCCAUAAACAUGAGAUUAGUGAUGGCCGAUACAUCAAUAAAGCGACCUGUGGGAAUACUGUAUGACGUGCUUGUCAAAGUGGAGAAUUUUAUAUUCCCUUUAGAUUUUGUCAUCUUAGACUAUGAAGUAGACUUUGAGGUGACCAUAAUCUUAGGUCGACCUUUCCUUGCCAUGGGCAGCGUGCUCAUCAAUCUGCGAGCUAACCAACUGUUAUUCAAAUUAACUGAUGAGGUUGUCAAGUUUGAUGUCUGUUAG